AUGUUUGUGUAUUUAAGUAAAAAGAUUGCUAUACCAAAUAAUGUGAAAUUAAAUUGCAUUUCCUGGAAUAAAGAACAAGGCUACAUAGCUGUAGCAGGUACAGAUGGCUUACUCAAGGUAUUAAAACUGGAACAAGCUUCUAAUGGCCAAAAUAAAGGUGGUUUGGCAGCGGUAUCAAAUUUGUCUAUGAAUCAAACAUUGGACGGACAUAAAGACGCCGUAAAAGUGGUAGUAUGGAAUGAUGCCCAACAAAAAUUAACAUCAUCCGAUGUUGAUGGUGUUAUAAUGGUGUGGAUGUUGUACAAAGGCUCUUGGUAUGAAGAAAUGACCAAUGACCGUAAAAAGUCUACAGUCAAUGGUAUGCAUUGGACUUCAGAUGGCUCCAGAAUAUGCAUUGUUUAUGAGGAUGGUGCUAUCAUAGUCGGUUCCGUUGAUGGCAAUCGAAUUUGGGGAAAAGAAUUAAAAAAUACUCAUCUAAGUGGCGUUCAAUGGAGCCCUGACAAUCGUUUACUUCUAUUUAGUUUGGCUAAUGGAGAAUGUCAUUUGUAUGACAAUCAAGGAAAUUUUGCGAUGAAAUUAAACAUACAAUGUGUGGGACUCAAUGUAAAUCGCCACAAUAGUGUUACGGCAUUAAGUUGGUUUAGUGGCAAAACUUCUACAAAUCGGCCAGUCUUAGCCAUAUGUUAUGAGACUGGAAAAGUCCAAAUUAUGGUCGAUGAAAAUGAUGAUGCACCCACAAUUUUGAAUACCAACAUGUGUAUAACGGAUGCAAAAUGGAAUCAUGAUGGUUCUGUUAUAGCCAUAUGUGGACGUCUAGAAGAAAUAUCAAAUACAAAAGAACUAAAUCAAGUUAGUUUCUAUUCACCCUAUGGACAUUUGUAUAGAACCCUUAAAGUACCGGGCAAUCAAAUAACAUCCAUCUCGUGGGAGGGCAAAUCUUUGCGCAUAGCUAUGGCGGUGGAUUCUUUUAUAUAUUUUGCCAACAUACGUCCCGAUUAUCGGUGGUGUUAUUUUGAAAAGACAGUGGUAUUUUUGAGUGAUAAAAGUAAUGGCAAAUCGAAUAAUCUAAGUGUAAUAACAUUUUGGAACACUAGCUCAAAUCAGAGUUUUCUUAAAGAAGUUGAGCAUUGUUUGGCAAUGGCAGCAUGUAAUGAACAUUGUGUUUUGGCUGUGGAGUGUAUUAAUGGUACCCUUAAGGAUUUGGCUUUAACAUCUGUGGAGCGUAAAAAUGCCGAUGACAAAUUGUAUCAGUUGUUAUUGUGUAAUUCGAUUGGUACUACGGUGGAUUCGAAAUAUACUGAAGUAUGUCCAAAUUUUAUUGGCAUUAAUUCGAAUUAUGUGGCUAUAGCUUCUAAAGAUGAAAUUUUAUUAUGGCACUAUCAUACUCCCAAGAGUGCCUCUCAAUUGCACAAUGUUAAAUCUCGCAAAGAGAAACGUUUCCACAUUGAUGACACACCCACUGGCAUAGAUUUAACUAAAGAUUUGGUGGUUUCAAGGACAAGUCAAGAACAUGCUGAAAAUAAUACAGAUUUUAUAUGCAGUCUAGCUAUAUCGGAGAAAACGUUAUUGGUGGCUAGAGAAUCGGGUAUUAUAAAUGAGUAUAGCAUACCAAAUGUGGCUCUAAGAAAUCGUCAUAAAAUUGGAAGUAAAAUUAUUAAAAUGUCUGUCAACUGCAAUUCAUCACGAGCUGCUUUAAUUGACUCAAAUGGUGUUAUGACACUUUUGGACUUGGAUGAUAAUCGUGAAACUCAACUCAAUUUUAGUCGUGUAGAACGCAAAGAUGUUUGGGCCAUUUGCUGGGCUAACGACAAUCCUCUGCUAUUGGCUCUCAUGGAAAAAACACGCAUGUAUAUAUUUAGAGGGAAUGAUCCUGAGGAACCCAUUGCAUGUUCUGGUUAUAUAUGCACCUUUGAAGAUUUAGAAAUCACCAGUGUAUUAUUGGAUGAUAUUAUAAGUGGCGAGGAAUCACAAAAUUCCCUUAGUCAUAUACUGCAAUUGAAAGUCAAGUCCUUAAGGGAUACAGAUGAUCUGCUGCAACAUGUUGGCCUUGAAGAUGCCAAACAAUUUAUUGAAGAUAAUCCUCAUCCUCGUUUGUGGCGUCUAUUGGCAGAAGCGGCCUUAAAAAAGUUGGAUCUUGAUACAGCUGAAAAUGCGUUCGUAAGAUGUUCGAAUUAUCAGGGUAUACAACUGGUGAAACGUUUGCGAAACAUACCAUCGGAAAUGUUGCAGAAAGCAGAAAUAGCGGCUUUUUAUGGUGAAUUUGAGGAGGCGGAAAAGUUGUAUAUCGAUGGUGAUCGUAGAGAUUUGGCUAUAAAUUUGCGUAUAACUCUGUGUGAUUGGUUUCGAGUGGUACAGCUGUAUAGAAUGGGUUCGGGAAUUUCCGAUCAACAAAUGGAAACAGCUUGGCGUCAAAUAGGUCAUCAUUUUGCCAGCCUCCGGUCUUGGGAAAGUGCCAAGGAAUAUUAUGAUAAAUCUCAUAACAUAGAAGGUCUUAUGGAAUCUUUGUAUCACUUGGAACAAUUCGAAGAAUUGGAAAAAUGCAUAGAUAAAUUGCCGGAAAAAAGUCCGUUACUUUCGAAAAUAGCUGAAAUGUUGGCCUCAGUUGGCAUGUGCUCUGAAGCUGUUAAUGCUUAUUUGAAGCUAGGUGAUCCCAAAUCGGCCGUCAAUACCUGUGUUAAUCUGCGUCAAUGGGGCCAGGCUGUAGAGUUAGCCCAGAAAUUCAAAAUGCCACAAGUUAGUGUUUUGUUAAGUAAACAUGCUGCCCAACUUUUAAAAGACGGCCGUCUGCCCGAAGCUAUUGAAUUGCAAAAGAAAGCCGGGCGUUACUUAGACGCUGCACGCCUUAUGACCAAAUUAGCCGAACGUGAACUUGAAAAACGCUCUAAUUUAUUGCGCAUCAAAAAGCUUUACGUUUUGGCAGGACUUUUAACUGAACAGCAUUUAAAAAGUUUAGCUUCAAGUUCAGCUGAAACUCCGGCCUAUAACAUUGAUCGCAUAAGUAUUAUGGAUACAAUGUCUCCCGAAGAUUCGGCUACCAUAGAACGUAUUUGGCAUUGUGCAGAAGCUUUUCAUUUUAUGUUAUUGGCCCAAAGACAGCUAAGAUUUGGGAUUGUACACAGUGCUGUCAUAACUGCUUUGCGUUUGAGAGAAUACGAAGAUGUUCUAAUCGCUGAAGAUAUAUACAGUCUUUUAGCUUUAGCCAGUUGUGCUGACAGAUCUUUUGGCACUUGCUCCAAGGCUUUCAUCAAGCUGGAAUCAUUGGAAAAUUUGCCGGAGAAAAGCCAAAAAGAAUACGAAGAGUUGGCGGUAAAUAUUUUUUCGAAAAACGAACCCAUCGAUGAUAAAGUUGAUUUUAUAACAUGUUAUUCAUGCACAAAUGCCGUAGCAGAUUGUUUACCAGCAUGUAACACUUGUGGAGCUCGUUUUCCUCCUUGUAUAUCAUCAGGAAAACCUAUUACACAACCGACUGCUAAUAUUUGGAUAUGUGGAACUUGUCAGCACUGUGCCUCCCCCAUGGAAAUAACACGACAUCGAACCUGUCCAUUGUGUCAUAGUUUGAUUUUAUCAAUGACUUUAGAAGUGUAAAACUUUCACGCCGUACAAUUUAAUUAAAAUGGUCUCAUUUAAACUUAAUCUUAAUAAAAUAUUUUAAUUGGAAAAAUAAAAAAA